AUGAUUGCAGACGCGAAGGCUUCUUUUGACAACGCGAAGCGUAUUUAUGAAAGUGUUUUGAUCCAAUUCAAGGGGGUCGACGGGUAUGAUGUUUAUAAUACCUCUGUGCCGUAUACAUACCAGGGAAAGAUAUAUUUAUAUGGUCGUAUUGAGAAACGCACGGAGUGGUCGGAAUCCCGCGUGCGAUUGUUUGUUCAAUCAGGAAAAGAUGAGUUUACUCUCGUGCCCAAUCAACAAAACUUUCAUCUAGAAGAUCCGUUUGCUUCUAAGAUACAGGAUAUGAUGUUUUUUGGUGGUACUCGAGUUGUUAAGAAUUGCGGAAAUGUAUCUUUGCAAUACAUCGAUUUCUACAAAGGCUCAGUGGAGCGACCUUUCUACUAUACCUGUGGUCCCGAUCGGAUGAAAUACAUUCGUCUCGUCAGACUAUACGGGGGGGGUGUUGGGAUAUUUUCCACUCACAGCACAGCAAACCAUUAUUCGCCUAGCUUUACUACUAUUGAAAAGUUAGAGGAUCUGAAUAUGGAUGUUAUUGCGAAGGCUAUGCCGCUCGACCUUGACAGCUUUGCUGAUGCGUCUUGUGCAGUGCAUCAGGCGUAUUUAUUGACAAGCGGCAAAAUUGGAUGUAUCUGCCACCACGCCUACGAGGAGAAACGCGAAGAGGACUGCCCAUCCACUGUGUACUGCAUCACUUCUUUCGUGUACGAGCCUCGUACGAAAAAGGUGCUUGAUAUUCGCGUUAUUGCCACGAGAAACUCCUUCCCGAAUUGCUCACCCAAGGCACCGCACGUGGCGGAUUGCGUAUUUGCCUCUGGUGUUGUGAUGCGAGAGGAUGGGAGAUGUGAUUUGUACGCCGGGAUAGGUAAUUCUCAUGAAGGGAGGGUGGUGAUUGACUAUCCCUUCGAGGGUCAUGGCAAUAUCAGCCAUGAUGAGUUGAAGUUUUGA